AGUCCUUUUGACCUUUUCCUUUGGACAAUUUUUUGUUAAAUUUAUAUUGAAUUUUUUUAAGGUGAGAAAAGAAAAAAAAAAAUAAAUAUUGUCAUGGAUUUGGGAAAGGAUAAGGGUGAUCCUGGUGAUGCUGAUAAAUCAUCAGUACCAUUGAGUGAUAGUCCAAUAAUGGCAUCAACAAUACCAGGACCUCAUCCACCACCAUCACCAUUAAGUGGAUGUUAUCUUCUCGUUGUGCUUCCUGAGCCUCAUACUGCACAACACAAAGAUCUUAUUCUCAAUCGUGUUGCCAAAGGAUUUUUAUCAUGGGAUAAAGACAGUGUUCAUGUUGAUUUGGAAAAAGAGCUUCAGGCACUGGUUGCCCAAUCUCCUGAAGGCGAGGAAGCUAGAAAUGGAGAACGUCUAAUACAAUAUGCAACUGAAAAUCUUGUAACAGAGAUACUAAUUCAUCCACAAAUAAAUACACUAUUACAGUGUAUUAGAAAUCUUCUUGCUAGUUUUACAAAGCAUCGUCAUAUUAUUCACGCUGGAUAUACAUUUGGUGAAAAUGGUUCCUGGAUACUGCAGGAUGGAACCUUUAGUGUUGCUGACUUUUUGGAUGCAUUUAGUGAGCAUGAUGUUCAGCGUGUAUUGCGUGCAUAUGAAAAUAGCAUAACAGUUGAUAUAAAUUGUUGUGAAAUUGGUGAAUGGUCAACAAAACGUUUUACAAAAGAACAAUGUACAAGAUCAUGCAGAGUUAGAUUAAAUCCAGAUGACAUAUUAACACGUGAUUUAUCAGCAAUAAUAAAUUUUACAAAAUACAUUGAACAAUAUCUUGUACCACAAACACUUGAUGAAUUAAUGAAACCAUCAGAUGUUGUUGGUAAUAUACGUUUUAGUCAUCCAACUUUAUAUGUCUUCCCUGGUGGUCAAGGUGAUGCAGCUUUAUUUGGUAUAAAUGGCUUUAAUAUGCUUGUUGAUGGUGGUUUUUCACGUAAAUCAUGUUUUUGGGAUUUUACAAGACAUUUGGAUAGACUUGAUGCUGUUUUAUUAACACGUAUUAAUAAUAGUAAUGCUGUUGGAAUGUCAAGUAUAUUAAAAAAAAAACAUGAUAUGCAAGUUUAUCCACAAAUUGGUCAUUUUUUUUGUAAUUUAGUUGAAAGAAAAAACAAUGAUUUAUCAACAAAUAAUUAUGAUGAUCCAUUGAUACUUAGUUUAACAAAAAUUGGACAAGAUAUGAUGCUUAAUUUAAAACAUAUUAAUUUACAACCACAUCCAUGCUAUCGUCAUCCAGAUCCAAUAAAUCUUUAUCAUAAAGUUGGACAUGGUACAUUGGACAUGUAUGUACUUAGUCCAAAUAAAGAUUCACGUGAAGUACGUGAAUUUUUAACAAAAUGGAAAUUAGGUGAUUGUAAAAUAUUUGAAAAUUCACAUAAAAAAGAUAAUAAUAUUAUUAAUUUUCCAAUACAAAAUAUGAUAUCAAUAUGUGCAUUAUUAAUAUGGCAACCAGCAAAUCCAAAUGACACAAUAACACGUAUAUUAUUUCCUGGUAGUACACCACAAAAUAAAAUAUUUGAAGGUAUGGAAAAAUUAAAACAUCUUGAAUUUUUAAAAUAUUCAACUUGUACUGCUAAAACAAUAUCAUCAUCAUCAACAACAUCAAUGACUACAUCAACAAUUAUUCAAGGUAUCAAGGAUACAAAUAAUAAACCAAUCAAGCAUAAACUUGCUUCACUUGAACGUGAUACAACAACAACAACAACAACAACAGCAACAAAACGUUAUAGUAGUAAUAGUAAUAAUAAUACUACUGAAAUGAGAAAGCAAAAACGUGAAACGAAAACUGAAACUAAUGACAAGGUUGAAAAAAUUCAUGAAAAAAAUGAUAAAAUAAUUGAUGUUAAGUCAACCAAAAAAUCAAUGACCAAUGAAAAUAAUAAAAAAAUUGAUACAAAUAUUGAUGAAAAUAAAACAAAUAAAUUAAUUAUUGAAAAAAAAGAUAAGGAAUUGAAAAAGACUGAGAUUACAAAAAUUGAAAAGACUGGAAUUAAAGAUACUACUAAAAUAAGUAGUAAUAAAAAUGAUAAAAAAGGAAAAGAUGAUACAACUAAAGAACAACAACAACAACUUCCACAAAGAUUUAUAACUGGUAAAACUGGUGAAACUAAAAUAAUUAGUGAUAAAAAAAUAAAAGAUAAACCAAUAACUAAAAAAGAUACAACACGUUCAAAUGUAACAUCAACUAAACAAGAACAACAAAAAAUGACAUCAUCAACAACAACAGCUACAACAAAGUCAACAGCUAAAUCAAGUACCAAGACAUUUUCAGCUGCACCAAAAAGUACUAAAGAUGCUAAUAAUAGAAAAGUACUUGAACAAAAAAAUAAUGAAAAAACUACAACAAUGACAAGUCGAGCAACAUCAGCUAAACAAAAACCAGCACCACCAAUUGCAUCAGAAAAAAAACCAGUACCACGUAGACCAAGACCAACAGCAGCUAGUAGUCCAAGUAAAACUCGUAGUCCAAUAAAAUCAGUUAAAAAUCCAGUUGUUCAUAGAACUGAAAAAGACAGUGCAAUAAGAAGAAUUAAAACAGAUAAAGGAAUAAUUGAUACAUCAACAUCAUCAACACCAUCAGCAAUUGAGCCAGAUUCAUUAAUAAAAUAUACAGAUAAAUGUUUAACUGAAAAAUCAGAAGACAUGUCUCUGGAUUCAAUUGAAAGUAAAGUAUUGGCAGAUAUGAAAGAAGAAAGACAAGUUGUUGAAGAAAUUGAAGCUGUAUUACAAAAAGCUGAAAGAAUUGAGGGAACUCAAAAAAUUGAUGAUGAAAUUACUGUUGAUAUAACUGGUGAUAAAAAAGAUUUAACUGAAGAUAUGACUGAGGAUGAUGUUACUGCUGAUAUUGAUGAAAUACCAAAUAGAAAAUCACCAACAAGUAAAAUAAGUCAUGAACAAUUUACUGAAGAUGAUGAUGAAUAUUUAAUUAUUGAAAAAGAAGAAAUUUAUACUGAAGAUUCAGUACAAAGUGGUGAUCAUGAAAAAAAACAUUAUCUUGAUGCUGUUGAAUCAGAAAAAAUUAAAAUAAUUGAUAAAAAAAUUGAAAGUGAAGAAGAAGAAGAAGAAGAAUUUGAUGGUGAUGAUGAAGAAGAAUCUGGUGCUGAAGAAAAAGAAGUUGCUGAAGAAAAAGGAAUAAUUGAAGAUCGUGAAAAAAGUAUUGAUUUAUCUGAUAAAAAAGUAAUUGAUGAAAAAAUUAAAUCACCAAUUAUUGAUGAUGAUGAUGAACAAAAUAAAAUUAGUUCAACAAAUGAAAUAAUAAAAAAAAGUGAUGAUAAAGAUGAUUCAGGUAAAAAAGAUAGUGAUGAUUUAAAAGAAAUAACAAGUUUAAGUCCAGAAAAACUUGAUUCAUCAGAAAAAAAAACAGAUACUGAUAUUAAACCAGAUAUUGAUUUAAAAAUGAAAGAAAAAUUAGAAGAAUCACAAGAAAGAAUAUCAACUAUUGAAUCUGGACAAACAACAACUGCUCCAACACUUCCAGAGGAUGAAAGAAUGUCAGUUGAUGUUAUUAAACCAACAACUAUUGAAAAGCCAAUUUUAGAAGAUAAAAAAAUUGAAAUAACAAAACCAAAAGAAAUUGUACCUUUGACAAGUGAUAUUCCACAAGAAAUUAAACCAGAUAUCAAGACAUUUAAUAUACGUCAAACUGGAAAUGUUUUACAAAGAGAUAUUGUCAAGACACCAGAUGAAGUUGCUGAUUUACCAGUACAUGAAGAAGUUGAUCCACAUCUUUAUAAAAUGGAUGAUGAUUUUGAAAAACCAAAAGAAGAAAAAUCACCACCAUCACAACAAGAUGUUAAAGUUACUGCACCAACAGUACAAGAUGUUAAAGUUCCAAGUCCAAAAGAACAAAAAGGUUUUCAAAGUUUUUUCGGUUCAAUUGCUGAUAAAUUUGAAAAAGGAAUGGAUAAAUUAACUGGAAAAACAAGAGGUGAUUCUGAUAAAGAUAUUGAUGAAAAAUCAUCAUCAAAAUCUGGUUCACCAAAAGAAGAUAAACGUCAAAUUCCAAUUGUCACAGCUGAUACACAAAUUGUAUCAGAAGAAAUUAAAAAAAUUGAAUUAUCACCACAAAAAAGUCCAGUUGAUGAUCAAUCAAAACAAAAAGAAUUACACAUUGAGGAAAAAUCUAAAGACAUUGCCAAGACAGUUGAAGCACCAGAAGAUUUAGAAGAUGUUGAAGCUCUUAUUGAGGAAGCUUCUAAAAAAUUUAAAACUGUUAAAGACAGUUUACAUGAUUCAUUGGAAUCACUUGAGGAUAAAUUAGCUGAAGAAGAAUUUAAACGUUCAAAAGAAAUGGCUGAAAAUAUAAAAGAUGAAAUACAAGGAACUCUUGAUGAAGUGGUAGGUAAAUUGGAACAAAUACGACCAGAAUUUGAAAUUCCCAAAGAAUCAGAUGAGAUAAAAUUAGCUGUUGUUGAUUCUACUAAAGUCUUGCAAGACAAAGAUGAUGUCGAAGAAGAAGAAGAAGAAGAAGAGUCAGAUAUUCCAUUUAAAAAUGUCAAAGGAGCUGUACUUGAUGUUGGUGGUGUACUAGCUGGUACUGCUGGUAUUCUUAUUGAAGAAAAACCCAAAGACGUUGUGGAAAUUGUUAAAAAAGUAGCUGAAGUACUUAGUGAAGAUGAUUUUCUCUCUAAUAAAAUUCUUUUCAAAGAUGACGAUGGUAAAUAUGUUGAAAAAUCAAUGGAUAAAAAAUCUCCAGAACAGACAGAGAUACAAGAAGAAUUGUGUAGAAAAAAAUCGAGUGCUAGUAUUGCUGAUUUAGCUUCACCAAGCAAAGAAAUAAUGUCUGAUAAAGAUGCAGCAAAAGCUAUGUGUAAAGAUUUAUUGAAAGAAGAUAUUAUAAUGACAAAAUCAAGUGAUGAUAUUCAUGAUUAUGGUGUUGAUGUUGUUACAGCUGGUAUUGAGGAAAUUUGUCACAAAGUACAACUUCCUGAACCUGAAGAAAAACCUUCAACUGAAUUUGAUCCUUCAGAAAUAAUAAUGGAACAUAAAAAAGCACCAGAUACUGCUGAGCAUGUUAUUGUUAGUCCAGACUCACAGCCACCAUCACCAAAAUAUCCAACUGAUAAAAUACAAUCAAAAUCAGAUGAAAAAGAUGAAAUUGAAACAGUCAUAAGUCAUCAUGAAAAUAUUACAGAAAUAAUUGAAGAACUUGUGUUUAUUAAAAAUAAAAAAAUAACUAUUGAAAUAAUUGAAUAUAUCAGGGUUAUCAAGAGAGUAACUAGAGAACAUGUUAUAAAUAUUAUUGAAGAAAUAAUAUUAAAAAAAAAUAUACCACGUAAUUAUGUGGUAGAUGAUGGAGUAUUGGAUGAUGAAUCAAUUGAACAUGAAGAUGAAAUUGAAGCUUCAAUUGCCAGUGAAAAAUUAUUGGCUGAUAUUGAAUCAGAAAUUAUCAAUGAAUACGUUAUGAAAAAUAAAAAAAUAACUAAAACAAUUAUUGAAGAGAUUCAUAUACGUAGAAAAAUUCCAAUAAGAAUUGUCAUUGAAAUUAUUGAAAGUAUUGUGCUUAUGAGAAAAAUUAGAAGACAGUCAAUUGUCGAUGUUGCUGAUACUGUUUGGAAUGAGUUAAAAUCCACAGUAGAAAUUGAGUCAGAUCUGGAGGAUGAACAAGAGGAUAAGCCAGAUGAUAAAAUACCUGAAAAAAUAGAAAUAGAUUCUUCAAUAAUAGAUGAAGCAACAAGAACAAAUAUUGAACAAGAAAUUGUGACUGAGUAUGUUGAUAAACAAAAAAAAAUAACUGAGACUGUCAUUGAAGAAAUUCAUACUCGACAUAAAAUACCAGUGAGAAUUGUCAUUGAAAUUAUUGAGCACAUUGUGUUAAUAAGAAAAAUAUCACGACAUUCAAUUGUCGAUGUUGCUGAUGCUGAUUGGAAUGUCAUGAAAAAUUCAAAUGAAUAUAAAAUAAAACCAGAAGAAAAAGAAAAGGAUAAACCAAUUGUCAGUGAUGCAAUUAAAUCAGAAAUUGAGUCAAUAAUUAUGAAUGAAUAUAUUAGACAUGAAAAAAAAAUAACAGCAAAUAAUAUUGAAGAAAUUCAUAUGAAAAAAAAUAUUCCAAUAAAAAUAAUAAUUGAAGUUAUUGAUAGAAUAACAAUAACUAAAAAAAUUCCACGUAAAUCAAUUGUUGAUUUUUCUGAAACAAUUUGGGAAGAAUUAAAAGCUUCAAAGCCACUUAAAAUUGAUACAAAAGAAGAAGAAGAAAAAGAACUUCUUGAUAGUUUUGUUCAUGUACAAUCAAAUGAUACUAUUGAAAAAGUUAAUUUACAAACAGAAAAAACUGAUGAUUUUGAGGCAGUUGAACAAGAAUACAAAGUUACUGGAAUAAAAGAAUUAAUUGUUAAAGAUAAAAUUACAGAUGAGUAUGACGAUGACGAAGAAGAAGAAGAAGAAGAAGAAGAAGAGGAUGGGUAUGAAAGUGAAGGUGACCUCAGUGAAAUAAUUGAAGCUGAUGAAAAAUUAGCUGACGAUAUUUUAGAUGACAAUGAUGAUAAUAAAAUUGACCCUGAUAAAUUAAAGCCAUCUGAUAAAAUUAAAGUGGAUAUAAAAGAUGAAAAAAUCAAUAUUCAAGAUGAGAAUAUUAAUAAAUUAUCAACUGAACUUGAUGAAAGUAAUGAAGCUCCAACAGUUAAAAGAAUGAUUGUAACAGCAACGAGUGAAGAUGGUGGUGAAGAAAUUGAAGUUUGUCCAAGUGGUAGUAUUACAUUUACUAAAUCAGCAAGUCCUGAUGAUUCACUCAGAGCAUCACCUGUAAAAACAACAAUAGAUAAAGAUUCGCUUCAAUCAACUGAAAGUUUCACUGAUAAAGAUAGUCUUGAUAAAACAAGUAUCAAUGACUCCAAGACAUUUGACGAUAGCAUUGAAAAAUCAACAUUUGAUGAUAAAAAAACUAAUAUUCCUGAAAUGAUUAAUAAUAAAGACAACAAAGAACUUUAUUUAGAAGUUGAUAGCAAAUCAUUGGAACAAUUUGAUGAUUCUUCACCAGCUGAAAGUGUAUUUGACGUGUCAUUAUUAAGUACAUCUAAAGAUUUAUCAAAAAUUGAAAUAACUGAGUCGAAAAUUUCAUUAGAUGAUGUUAAAGCUGACAUUAAAAAAUCUCCAGAGUCUGAUGUUCAAAGUGAGAAAGAUAAAAUUGAUAUGACACUCGAUAAGUCAAGGUCUUCUAGUAUUUCAUCAAUAUCAAUAGAAGAAAAAGUUAAAAUUGAUGAAAAGAAAGAUGAUAUUAAAUUAUCGAGUAGUAUGAUUGAUGCCAAAGAAAAAGAACAUGAUAUAUCACCAAUAAAAGAUUCAAUUGAAAAUUUAAAUGCAUCAAAAAAAGACAGUUCACCAAUAGAUGAAAAGCUAAAAGAUAUUACGACUGAUAUUAAAUUAUUAUCUGAGAUUGACGCUAAAGCCGAGGAUAAAAAAAUAGAAAUUGAAAAAGAUAAUAAAAAAAGUGAUGAUGAAAAUAAAAGCUCGAGUUCAAUCAAUACUUUUAAUGUCAAAGACGAGAGCUCAAUCCAUCAGACUGAUGCAAUUGAAUUUGACAAAGUUAAAGGGAUUUUUGAUGUCGAUGAAAAAUCAUCCAUUACACAGAGUGAAAAAACUUUUGAUAAAGAAAAAGAAAAAGAAACUUUGGAAAUUAGAAAAGAAAGUCCAACAACUGAUAAAAAAUUAGAUGAUAAAAAAACACCAAGUCCAUUAACUGAUAGUGAUAAACAAACAGUUAUUUCAACUGAUAUUUCACCAGUUGAAAAAAUAAAUUUAUCUGUCGAUGAAAAAUUAGAUAAAUUAAGUGACAUUAAGUCUGAUAUAUUUGGUAUUGAUCGUGUGACUACUCCAAGCCCACACAGUGAAGUUGUUAAAGGGGAUGAUGUUAAACAAGUUGAAGCAGUUUCAGCUGAAUCAUCAAGAGAUAUUUCACCAGCACGAAAAGAAAGCAUUAGUGUUGAAAAAAUUGAUGAAAUAAAAAAAGAAAUUGAUGAUAAAAAAUUACCAGACCAAGUUGUUGAGGAUAAAAAAUUAUUAGAAUUACAUGCUGAUGAUUUUUCACCUGUAAAGGGUGACGUGCUACAAAUUUCUCGUCAAUCAAUUGAUUUUACUGCUGAUCAUUUGGAGAAAGGAAAAUCACCUAGUCCUCUUGCUGAAAGCAUCAAGUCUGCCAUUUCGUCUGGACCAGUUUCACCAGUUAAGGAUCAAGCUCUCCAACAAGCUGUUGAUGAUAAAAAAUCUUCAAGUCCAUCAAUUGAUGCUGCUAAAUCUCCGACAUUACCUCAAGAUAUUUCUUCAAGUGGAAAAGACAGUCUCAGUGCUGAAGAAAAAGACAAAUCUUUGGAUGAUAUUGUCGGUCAAAAAACACCUCUUUCUGAUGCUGCAAAAUCAGCAGCAUCAUCUAGAGAUAUAUCACCAAUGAGAAAAGAAAGUAUUGUACAAGAUGAUAAAGAAAAAUUAGAUGAUGCAAAACUUGAUGAGAAAAAAAUUGAUGAUAAAAAAAUAACUGCUGAUAAAACUGAAGAUAUAAAAAUUGAAGAUAUAAAAUUACCUCAAGCAAGUCUUGGUGAUAUUAAAUUAUCAAUUUCUUCACAAGAAAUUUUGCCAAUUGAAAAAGAUAAAAUUCUAUUACCCGAGGAAAAAAUUAAAUCAAGUGAUAAAAUUCAAGAAAAAGAAAAAGAUGAAGACAAUAAAAAAGAUAUGGAACAAAUUGAUGCAAUUGACAUCAAAUUUUCAUUGCAAGAUACUAAAGAAGAUAUAAAAAAAUUGUCUGUUGAAUUAUCUCCCUCGGGACUUGAAGAUAAAAAAUCUAUUGAAGAAAAAAUUGACACAAAAUCACCAAGCCCAAGUAUAAGUGAAGCCAAAUCAAUAUCAUCACCAAAAGAUGUAUCUCCAGUUGAAAAAAUGUCUUUAGAAAAAGCUGGAGAUGUUGAUUAUAAAAAAUCACCAAGUCCAGUUGUUGAGAGUGUAAAAUCUUUAGCAGCUUCAGGUGAUCAUUCACCAAUCAAGCAAGAGAGCCCCUCUCACGAUGAUAAAAUUCCAACAAGUCAAUUGUCAGAGCUUGAAGAAAAAACUAAAAGCCCAAUUGUUGAAAUUUCAAAAGCAUCAAUGUCACCUGAUAAUGUAUUGUCAAUAAGAAAAGAAAGUUUAACUAUUGAUGACUCUUUAAAAUUGGGACAAACUGAUGAAGUAAUUGACAAAAAAUCACCAAGCCCAGUUUUAGAAAUUAGCAGCAGCACUGUUAAAGCACCAGACUCUCCUAAAGAAAUUACAUCAUUAAAAUUAGGACAAGUUGAAGAAUCAUUAGAUAUAAAAUCUGCCAGUCCUACAGAUAAGACUGGAAAAUCAUCAGCAUCAACACGUGAUGUAUCACCAGUUGGAAAAGAUAUUUCAUUACAAAAUGAACCGGAAAUAUUUAGUCAAGAUGCAAGAAAAUCAAUAGACUUAAAACUUGAAGACCUCCAGGUUGAUAAAAAACAAUCAACAAGUCCAAUAAUAGACAGUAUAAAAUCAUCUCCAUCAUCUAAUGAAAUUUCAAUAGAUAAAAAAGAUAUUUCAUCAUUAAAAGAAGUUACUAAAAUUGAACAGACUGAUGGAGCAACUGAUAAAAAGUCUCCAAGCCCAAUUGCCGAGAGUAACAAAUCAUCAUCACCAACCUGUGAUAUUUUAUCAGUAAAAAAUGAAUCAAUAAAUAAAUCAUCAUCUCAAUCAAUUGAUUUAAAUAUUGAUAACGUCCAAAUUGUUAAUAAAUCACCAAGUCCAGCUGAGAGUAUUAAAAGUUCUGUAUCACCUGUUGAUAUUUCACCAGUUAAAAAAGAAAGCCUAGUCCACGAUGAACCUUUACCAUCGAUCCAAACUCCAAGGCAAUCAAUUGAUAUUAAACUUGAUGAAAUUACUACAGGCAAUAAGUCUCCAAGUCCAAUCGCCGAAAGCAUUAAAUCAUCAAUAUCAUCACCACAUGAUUUAUCACCAAUAAAAAAAGAUAUUAAAUCAUUUGAACAUGAAAUUUUAGAUGAUAAAAAAUUAAAUGAUUUUCCAAUUCAUCAGCUUCUUAAAGCUGAGGAUAAAAAAAUUGAGGCCAUUGAUGAUAAAGAAUUAUCAUCUGUUUUAACUAGUGAUGUUAUUAAGCCAACAUCUUCUUCUUCUCCUCAAGAUAUUCCAGCAGAUAAAAGACAUAGUUUAGUGUUUGAUGAAGCAGUUGUUAAAAAAACUGAGGAAGUAAUUGUCUCUGUUGAUGUGAAGAGUGACAAAACGCCUGAAAAAAUAAUUACUUUAGUUGGUGAAAGUGUAACGUUGUCUAGUGGAUCAGACGGUAUUCCACAAGCAGAAAAAGAAAGUCCAAUAUUGGAAAAAUUACCAGAGGAUAUAAAAUUAUCAAUUAGUCCAGUUACUGAAAUAAUUAAAUCAUCAAUAUCACCUCAGGAUAAAUCUCCAGUUGAAAAAGAAAUUAAUGAUCCAGAAGAAAAAGAAAAAUCAAUUGACAAACCUAAAAGUCCAGCUACAUCUCAAGAUUCUUCACCUGAUAAAAAAGAAAGCAUGGUUUUUGAAGAAAAAGAAAAAGACUUGGAUGGUAGUCGUUCACGAUCAUCCAGCAUGGUAACUGAAUAUUCAUUUGAUAAAAAAGAAGAUACAAUUCAUGAUAAAAUUAAAGAUCUUGAUUCUAUUGUUGAUAUCGGUUCGUCAAUAAUUCUUGAAGCAUCAGAAGAUAUUUCUAAAAUUUUAAUUGAAGGCAAACAAGAAAUUAAUGAUGGAAAAAAAUAUUUAGAUGAAAAAAUAAAAGAAACAAUUGAAAUGGGUUCGUCAAUAAUUUCAGAUAUAUCAAAAGCAAUUUUAACAACUGACAUUAAACAUGAAGUUCAUGAAGCAGAUAAAGAUCAAGAUGCAACACGUUCUAGAUCAUCUAGCAUGGCAUCUGAAUAUUCAUUUGAUAAAAAAGAAGAUAAAGUAAUUGAUAAUAAAACAGAUGUUAAAUCGAAUGUUGAUAUAAUUUCCUCCACAGCUGAAGAAAAAAUUAUUUCAACAACUGAAGUUAAAGAUAAACUUGAAAUUCAUGAUGAUAAUAAAGAUCUUGAUGCUCGUUCGAGAUCUUCCAGCAUGGCUUCAGAAAUUUCUGUUGAUAAAAAAGAUGAAGUGAAAAAAGAAAAAGAAGAAAUUAAAAGUGCAAUUGAUAUGACUGCGUCAAUGAUACUAGAACCAUUAAAAAUAAUUUCUCAAGCUGUGACUGAUGUUAAACAUGACAUUCGUGAAGCAGAAAAAGAUAUUGGUGCUCGCUCUAGAUCAUCUAGCAUGGCAUCUGAAUUUUCUGUUGAUUUAAAAGACGAAAAAUUAAAAGAAAAACAAGAUAUUAAAUCUGCAGUUGAUAUGACUGAAUCAAUGAUAAUAGAACCAUCAAAAAUAAUUUCUAAAACUGUGACUGAAGCAGAAAAAGACAUUGGUGCUCGUUCCAGAUCAUCUAGCAUGGCCUCAGAAAUUUCUGUAGGCCAUCAAGACGAAAAAACAGAAAGAAAAGAAGAUAUAAUAAAAUCCAAGGUCGACAUGAGUUCGUCAAUGAUACUAGAAGCAACAAAAACUAAAGCUGAUGAUAAACUUGACACUCAAGAAGCACAAAAAGAUCUUGAAGCUCGAUCUAGGUCAUCUAGCAUGGCUUCUGAAUACUCUUUUGAUAAAAAAGAAGAAAAAAUAAUUAACAAAGUUGAUAUUAAAUCUACUGUUGAAGUGGCACCAUCAACAGAUGAAGAAAAAAUUACUUCAAAAAUUCAACUUGAUGAAAAACAUGUAGCUUGUGAUGAUGAUAUAAAUUUGGGAACUCGAUCAAGGUCAUCCAGUGUAGCAUCUGAAUUUUCAGCUGAUAAAAAAGAUGGGACAACAAAAGAAAAAGAAGAUAUUAAAUGUGUUGUUGAUAUGAGUGCAUCAAUGAUACUAGAACCAUUAAAAAUAAUUUCUGAAACUGUGAGUGAUGUUAAACAUGAUGUUCAUGAAUCAGAAAAAAAUCUGGCUUCUCGAUCAAGAUCAUCUAGCAUGGCAUCUGAAUUUUCUGUUGAUUUAAAAGAUGAAAAAUUAAAAGAAAAAGAAGAAAUAAAAUCUACUAUUGAUAUGACUGCAUCAAUGAUACUAGAACCAUUAAAAAUAAUUUCUGAAACUGUAAGUGAUGUUAAACAUGAUAUUCAUGAAGCAGAAAAAACCCUUGCAUCUCGAUCAAGAUCAUCUAGCAUGGCAUCUGAAUUUUCUGUUGAUUUAAAAGAAAAACAAGAUGACAAAUCUGCUGUUGAUAUGACUGCAUCAAUGAUACUAGAACCAUCGAAAAUAAUUUCUAAAACUGUGACUGAUGUUAAAUAUGAUAUUCAUGAAGCAGAAAAAGACAUUGGUGCUCGUUCCAGAUCAUCUAGCAUGGCCUCAGAAAUUUCAGUUGGCCAUCAAGACGAAAAAACAGAAAAAAAAGAAGAAAUUAAAAGUGCAGUUGAUAUGACUACAUCAAUGAUAAUAGAACCAUCAAAAAUAAUUUCUAAAACUGUGACAGAUGUUAAACAUGAUACUCACGAUGAACAAAAAGAUAUUGCUGCUCGUUCCAGAUCAUCCAGCAUGGCUUCAGAAAUUUCUGUUGACAAAAAAGAUGAAGUAAAAAAAGAAAAAAAAGAAAUUAAAAGUGCAAUUGAUAUGACUGCGUCAGUAAUACUAGAACCAUUAAAAAUAAUUUCUCAAGCUGUGACUGAUGUUAAACAUGACCUCCAGGAUGAACAAAAAGAUAUUGGUGCUCGUUCUAGAUCAUCCAGUAUGGCCUCAGAAAUUUCAGUCGGCCAUCAAGACGAAAAAACAGAAAGAAAAGAAGAUAUGAUAAAAUCCAAGGUAGACAUGAGUUCAUCAAUGGUACUAGAACCAUUAAAAUCUAAUGACAAAGAAAAACAUGAUAUUCAAGAAGAAAAAAAAGAUUUAGCAUCAAGAUCUAGAUCAUCCAGUAUAGCAUCUGUUGACAUGAAAGAUGAAAAAACAAAAGAAAAAUCAGAAAUAAAAUCAACAGUCGACAUGAGUUCAUCAAUAAUAAUGGAAAAACCAAAAACAACAUCGACAUCUGAAACUAAAGAUACACAUGAAGAAGAAAAUGAUAAUGCACCACGAUCCAGAUCAUCUAGCAUGGCAUCUGAAUAUGCCUUUGAUAAAAAAGAUGAAAAAAUUGACAUGACUUCUUCUAUGAUUUUUGAUAAACCAAUAUCAUCAAAAGUUGAUGAUAAAAAAGAUAUUCACGAUGAUGAUAAAGAUCUUGCAAGUCGUUCACGAUCAUCAAGCAUGGCCUCUGAAUUUUCCUUUGAACGAAAAGACGAAAAAACAAUUGAUAAAUUUGAUAAAAAGCCAACAAGUACUGAAAUGACCUCAUCGAUAAUUGUAGAUACAUCAAAAACAUUAUCAAAACCUGAGCUUGAACUUGAACAUGAUAUUCAUGAGGAAGAUAAAGAUUUGGCUUCUCGAUCAAGGUCAUCUAGUAUGGCUUCUGAAUUAUCACACGAUAAAAAAGAUGAAAAAUUAGAUUUAAAAUCGAAUAUACCAUUGCAUGAAGAAACAACAUCAAAAUCAAAACGUGAAUCACUUGUAUCUGAGGCUGAAUUAACAUUGAAAAAAACACCUUCACCAGCUCCAUCACAUCAUGAAGAUGAUGUAAUUCAUGAAACACCAUCACGUGAUAGAUCAAGAUCACACAGUUUAUUUGAAAGUGCUGAAAAAUUACCAAUUGGUCGUUCUCGUGCAGCAAGUCUUUUUGAGGAUGAUAUAUUUACAAAAAGUACUUCAAGAAAAUCAUCGGGUCUUGCUGAUUUUCAUGAAGAGCAUCACACUGAAUCAAGCACCAAAACAACAGUCAAGGAUGACUUUGAAGAUUCAAUAACAAAUAGAAAAGACGUUGAACGUUAUAUUAUAAGUCAAUAUGUAUCGAGAAAAAAGAAAAUAAAUAAAGUAACAUUUGAAGAAAUAGUAUCACUGUAUGAUGUACCAAGUUAUAUUGUCAUUGAAAUAAUACAUGGUAUAUGUGAUGAAGGUCGCAUUCGUAGGGAAUCAGUUAUUGAUUCAGACCUUAAAGUUGAGGAUUAUUCAAGUGAAAAAAUUGAUAAUGUUAAAGAAUCAGAAAUGUCUUAUGUAAAACGUAUUGAUACAGAAAAUUAUAUAACUGAUGAAUAUAUACGUAAAAAUAAAAAAAUUAAUUGGAAAAUAAUUGAAGAAAUAUCAAUAAUAAAAGGUAUUAAUGUCGAUUUAAUUCUCGAGAUAAUUGAAUAUUUAAUUGUUCAACGAAAAAUAACAAGAGAAUCAUUAAUUGAUGAUGAUGUUUUUGGUGAACAAUCUAUUGACAAAAAAUCAACAGUGAUCAAAGAAGUUGAGAAAGAAGAAGAAGAAGAUGAAGAAGAUGAUGAUGAUGAAAUUCAACGAGAAAAAUCAAGUAGAGUUUAUUCAGAUGUGGAACACAGUUAUCCUGGUGAAUUAACACCACCAGAAUAUGAUUCAAGAAAAGAAAAUAUUCAACGACAAGUAUUUGAUGAUACUUAUGAGAGUCAAUUUCACAAGGCAUUUGUUGGAGGAAUGACAGAAAUUCGUACAACUCAUAUAACAACACUGUCUGGUAAAACAACACCAGAUGUUGGAACAAGAGUUGAUACACCAGAUUCAUUUACAGAUUCUGUUGCAUCUGGUACAACUGAAAAAAUUUUAAAAGAAACUAAAAUUCAAUCAGAGCCAUUGUCUGUCAAACAAACAAUUGUUACUGAAUCUCAGCAACAAGAACAACAACAGACAGAGUAUGAAACAAUUGUCAAAAGAUCAGAUCCAAUUGUUAUAAAAAGAACAAUUGUAACUGACGAGGGACCAGAGUAUCAAACAGUUGUUAAAACAAUUGAGCCAACAAUAAUAAAACGUACUGUUGUAAAUGAGGAUGAACCUGAAUAUGAAACUCAGACAAUUAUUAAAAAAACAAUUGUACGUGAAGUAAUUGAGGGAGACGACGAUGAUGAUGAUGAUGAUGUUGUUAAUGAUGAUGAAGAAAUAAUGAUUGAUGACUACAAAGGAAUAUCAAAAGCUGAAAUUGAUGAUAAAUUAUCACAAAUGAUGAGUAAAUCAUUGGGUCAAUCAUCAUCAGGUCGAUCAACUCCAGAUAGAAUUAGAGAUUCUUCAGUAUCACGAGCAAGUACUGGUACACCAGACAGUUUUUGUUCAAGUGAAGUUAUAAGAACAACAAUAACUAAAACACGAACAGUGUCAGGUGAGGGUGAAAUUAUAACAACAACAAAAGAAGUUACUGAAACAACAAAUGAACGAGGUGAAACAGUUGUUUUAGAAGAAAAAAUUGAUGUAAAAACAACAACAGCUGAAACAGGAAUAGACACAAGUCAACAACAACAAAAACAACAACAACAACAUGAUGAGUCAGAUGAAGAAGAAGAAGAUCCAUUAUCUGGUAAAUCUCAAAUACAUCAUGAUGAUAAAAAAAUUGAUUUUACAACAGCAGAUAUGAGUAGUAGUUUUUAUGGUAAAUUACCAGAUGUUCCACAAGAAAUAAGACACAAUAUUGAGUCUGAAUCAAAAGAAUUAACAACUAAAAAAUCAACAAUUGAAGAAAAAAUUGAAAGUUCAAGUUCAACAGUAAAAAAAGUAAUAACUGAAGUUGGUGGUAGUGGUGGUGUAGCUAAAGAAUUAAAAGAAGAACAUGAUAAGGAUGAUGAUCCACUUAAAGAAUGGGGUACACCACUUAAAUUACCAUCACCAGAAAAACCACAAAAAUUUAAUUUACGUACAACACCAAUUGUCAGAAAUUCUAUUGACAUGUCACCUGAUUCAUUAAAUUUUGAUGUUAUUAAUAAUUGGGGUGAACCAUUAAGAUUACCAUCACCAGCACCAACAACAACAACAACAACAACUGAUGAUGCAUCAAAUAAAAAUAUUGUAACAACACCAAAAAAAGAAAAAAAACAACCAAUAAAUAAAAUUGUUAAUGAAAAUAUUAAAAAUAAUAAAAAAAGAUCAGAUAGUCCUGCUGGUAAGGAUAAAAAAAAAGAAAUUAAAAUACAACCAGUUUAUUUAGAUUUAACAUAUGUACCACAUCAUGGUAAUUCAUAUUAUGCAUCAUUAGAUUUUUUUAAACGUAUAAGAGCAAGAUAUUAUGUAUUUAGUGGAACUGAGCCAAGUCGAGAAGUUUAUGAUGCAUUAUUAGAUGCCAAGAAAACAUGGGAAAACAAAAGUCUUGAGGUAACAAUGAUCCCAACAUAUGACACUGAUACUCUUGGCUAUUGGGUGGCUGACAAUGAAGAAGCACUUGCUGCAAAUCACAUUGACUUGUCACCAUCAGCAUCACGUUGCACAAUUAAUCUUCAAGACCAUGAAACAAGUUGCAGUGCUUAUCGACUUGAAUUUUAAAUAACAAAUAAUUAUGCUCAGCAUUUAUACCUAUAUUGUUAAACUCUUUAAGCCAAUUAAAUUUUCAUCAUGAGGCUUCAUUUAUUUCAUAAUAACAUCAAAAGCUAAUAAAAUUUAUUUAGCAAAUUAUUGAAAUAAAUAAAAAUACUUAUAUUCAAUUACAUUUUUGCUAAUCGGCUAAUUACUAUUUUAAAAAAAAAUCACAUAACUGAUUGGAAUAAACAAAAGAUAAUUAAACUUACUUCUAUCAGCUUGUUUAAUUAACAAGUUUAAUUUUUGAUGCAGCACAAAUACUUAUCUUUAAUAUAAAAAAAAUGAAAAAAAUAUAAAAAAAUAAUUUAAAUAAAAAGGGUGAAUAUAUUAAUAUAUGUGGUAGAUGAUUUAUAGACGAUAUAGUUCGUCUGUAAGUGGGCCUUAAGUACUGUCACUCGUUGGAGAAAUUAUAGAAAUUUACCAGAAUAAUAAUUAAGAAAAGCAAAAAUAAAAUAAAAUAAUGAUUUUUGUUUGAUCCCGACUGUGAGACAUGUAAAAAUAAUAUUGUGAUAAAAAUUUAGCGAUUGUUGAACGAUAUUAAAUAUGCGCUAUAACAAUUUAUUUAUUGUUAAUUGCACUAACGUGAUGUUUGACUCCCUAAAAAAAAGAAAAAUAUAAUAAAUUUAUUUACCAAUUUAUUUUUAUUAUUAUAAAGCUGUUUUGCUAUUUUUAAAAUCAUUUAUUUCAGUUUUAAAUUAAUAUUAUUUUGAUAAAAAUUAAAUUAAACGAAUAACCAAAUAUGUCUAGUCAGACUUUACAGCGAAUUUUCUUAAUUAUAAAUAUAUAAUAUCAAUUUCCAUUCGUACUUGAAAGAUUUUAAAUAAACAAAGUUAAUUUAACAAAAAAACAAAAAAAAAACUUUGGCUUCCUUAGAGAGCAAGAGAGACACACAGUGGAAGAAAAUAAUUAUAUUAUUAUGGAUUACAUAAUAAACGGAUGAGCUUAAAAAAAUAAUAAUAAUAAAUAUUUAAUAAUUAAUUAGCAUUCAUAAUAAAUAUUUAAUUGUAUAUUUAAAAAAAUAUCUACGAUACAAUUGUUUAACUUUCCAUAAAUAAUAUUUAAUAACAAAAUAUUUAUCACAGUUAUUAAAUUAUAUAUAAAGGCUUGAUUAAUUAAUUUUAAAAAAAUUAUAACAUGGCCUAAAAUUGGAUGACAUUAUUUAAAAAAGAAAUAUAUUAUUUAAAAUAAAUAAGUGAUAGUAAUGAAAGUCAGGUUGAUGAAAAUUAUUUUAUCUUAUUAAUCAACAAUUAACAAAAAUAAAAAAAGACAAGCUUAUUAAAUCACCCUAAUAUUAUUACUAAAUUUAUUUAUUAUUUUUAUUAAUUUAUGUUUUUUUUUUUGCUGGAAAAUUGAAACGCAGGAUUUGAUAAAGAGCUUGAUGAUAAAAAUUAAAAAUCACAAGAAGUGAGUGCUUUUUAAACGGUUGCCUAAACAUUUUAAAAUAUUUAAUUAAAAAUGAAAAUCAAAAGAAUAAAAAAAAAAAUGAAAAUAUUUAAAGUUAACUAUUGGUGCAUAAAUAUUAUCAAAAUUAUAAAUUAAUUUAUUAUAAAAUUAAUUGUCUCUGUAAGGAAGUAAGAAUCAAAUUAUAAAAAUUUCAAAAAAAUAUAUAAAAAAAAGAAAAUAAUAAUUGCAAUAAAAUAAUUAUUGCUUUAUUGUUUUAUUUUUUUUUUUAGGGGGUUAACAACGAGGAAAAUAACAAUGCUUCCAAAUUAAAUAACACAAUGAAUAAUUAUGUUUUUCAAUGGCGCAAAAAUAAUAAUAAAUAAUAGAAAAGACAAAAGAAAAAAAAAAAAGAAAAAGGAUAAAUUA